AUGGCGCUAAACCCCAAAUUCGCUGGACAGCGAUUGCUCUUCGGACAACCUUCCUCUACCACAACCGGCGUGCCUCCAGCCGUGCACACCCUCGAGUUGUUUCUCGACUACGUGUGCCCGUUCUCAGCCAAGCAGUUCAAGACCUUCUAUCACUCGGUCGUGCCCCUCAUCAAGGAAAACCCCAAGUGGGCCAGCAACCUGCAGAUCAUCUUCCGCCAGCAGAUCCAGCCCUGGCACCCGUCGUCGACGCUCGUGCAUGAGGCGGGCGUCGCCGUAUUGCAGCUCGCACCCGAUCGGUACUGGGACUUCAGCGAUGCCCUGUUCAAAGCGCAACUAGAGUAUUUCGAUGAGCCCGUCGUCAAUGAGCUCCGCAACGACACCUACCGUCGACUAGCUAAGCUAGCUGCAACGGUCGGCAUUGACGAGCAGGCGCUGUAUAACUUGCUCGUCAUCCCGGACAAGGUCCCGGAGGGCAGCAUUGGCAAUACCGGAAAUAAAGUCACCAACGACCUGAAGCUGCAGAUCCGGUACGGCAGACUGGUGGGCGUGCACGUCAGCCCCACUGUUAUUUACGACGGCAUAGUCGCGAAUGAUAUUAGCUCAUCGUGGACGAAGGAGCAGUGGCAGGAGUGGUUGACCAAGAGUCUCGGUUGA